AUGUCUCCUCUUGCGUGUGUGGCCGACGAUGUCGGACUGCUCUUUGAAUUCAUCCCGGCCACAUACCAUCAGCCACCUCCGACUAAGUAUGUCGGAGAAGAAGGUGGUCGCAGUGUGUACCUGUGGUACAUCACAGAGAACGAAUAUCUUCGUCUCAACACAUUAUUUCAACGUGAUUUUCAAGAGACGGGCAUGGGUGGAACCUUUGUGGUAGGACUUCCCUUGCCAUGCGAAAGAUGUGGGAAGUACCAGGAGUUCAUCGACUGGGUGUGGACAGCAUUGAACCGCAGCGCACACUCUAGUGAUUUCAUCUUCAAUGCGCUGGCCGAAGGUCGACAAGGAAGGGAGACUCAGCAUGAUGUUUAUUGCUCGCAGUGUGGCAUGCUCACGUCGAGUCGCUCGAGAAACAAUCGGGAAGGAGGAGCGACCGAUAUCCAGCACGCGGGUCCCCUUCGUCCAUCCGCCCGUGCAUCAGUACCGACCAUCCAACAAACAUCUUCGCUGACUAUUCCAGGCGAGAAGAAUGUCACUUGGGGAAGAUGGUGGCUUGAUACUCAGGGCGGAUGCCUGGUAUCUCGAUAUGGGGAUAAGGUCCUUGAGUAG